CCCCUGGGCUUCCUCAGCACCGGGGACAGCAACCUGCCAGGUAACUACGGCCUUCGGGAUCAGCACAUGGCCAUCGCCUGGGUGAAGAGGAACAUCGCGGCCUUUGGGGGGGACCCCAAUAACAUCACCAUCUUUGGGGAAUCAGCAGGAGGUGCCAGCGUCUCUCUGCAGACCCUGUCCCCCUACAACAAAGGACUCAUCCAGAGGGCCAUCAGCCAGAGCGGUGUGGCCCUGAGCCCCUGGGCCAUCCAGCACAAUCCCCUCUUCUGGGCCCAACAGAUCGCCAAGAAGGUGGGCUGCCCAGAGGGUGACCCGGCCAGCUUGGCCAAGUGCCUGAAGGUUACUGACCCCCGGGCCCUGACCUUGGCCUACAAAUUGCCCCUGACAGCCCAGAAAUACCCUGUGCUGUACUAUCUCGCCUUCGUCCCUGUCGUCGAUGGAGACUUCAUCCCUGAUGACCCCCUCAACCUCUUUGACAAUGCUGCUGACAUCGACUACCUCAUAGGCACCAAUGACAUGGAUGGCCAUCUCUUUGCCACCGUGGACAUGCCAGCCAUCGACAAGUCCAAGAAGGACAUCACAGAUGAGGACUUCUACAACCUGGUCGCUGGGUUCACCAUGACCAAGGGCCUGGAUGGUGCCAGGGCCGCCUUUGACACCUACACUGAGGCUUGGGCCCAGGACAGUUCUCAGGAGAACAAGAAGAAGACAGUGGUGAACCUGGAGACGGACAUCCUCUUCCUGAUGCCCACAGAGAAAGUCCUGAACCUGCACACAGCCAUGUCCAA